AUGGCUGGAGGAGCAACCUCAAAAACCACCAUUGAACCUAGUAGUCCUCUGUAUAUGCAUCCAUCUGAGGGACCUAACUCCUUGAAAGUUGAUCCUCGAUUAACUGGAACUACAGACUAUAGACCCUGGAAGAGGUCUAUGGAGAUUUCUCUUGCUACAAAGAGAAAGCUUGGGUUUGUUACUGGAGCCUUGACUAAGUCAAGUGAAGAUUCUGUGAAAAUGGAAGCUUGGGAAGCCUGUAAUAGCAUGGUUACUGCCUGGCUUCUCAACAACAUGAAUGAGACUUUGAGAAGGUCUGUCAUGUACAUCAAAUCAGCUAGAGAGAUCUGGUUUAAUCUGAAAACCAGGUUCACUGUGAGCAAUGGUAGUAGAAAAUACAGACUUAACAAGGAAACCUAUGAAGUUAAGAUGAAUGAAAGGCUAGUUUCUGAGUACUACACUGAUUUGAGAGUUUUGUGGGAAGAACUUGAAUCUCUACCUGAUUAUCCAUCUAUUACUAAUGUUAAUGCUGAAAUAACAGCCUUCAUUGAAGCUUUUGAGGAGUCAUAUUCUUCUAAUGAGUCCAUUACCAUCUGUAGAAACUGCUGUGUCAAUGGUUCAACAGGAAGAGUCACAAAAGAUGUCUUGGGAAAAGAAAAAGAAGAGAAAGUGGGAACAACCUUCUAUACAAAGAAUGAAACAAAGACCUUCUGCACAGUGUGCAAGAAAACCAAUCAUGUUGCUGAAAAAUGUUGGUUUAAAAUUGGAUUUCCAGCUGGUAACAACAACAAGGCAAAGCAAGGGUUUAAGACCUUUGAGAACAAUCAAGAAGGCAGAACAGUUAGUUACAAAGGAAGACAACAAGGAAAUGCUGGAGGUCAAAAUUCAGGAAGAAAAAUGCCUCAAAUGCUCAACUGA